CACCUGUGUCACCUGUCCCCCCUGUCCCCCCAGGACACCGUGUCCCACCUCUCCUCUCACCUGUGUCACCUGUGUCACUGUGUCACUGUGUCACCUGUGUCACCUGUGUCACCUGUCUCACCUGUGUCACCUGUGUCACCUGUCUCAGGACACGGUGUCCCAUCUCUCCUCUCACCUGUCGGCGGCCGCGGCCUCGUCGCUGCCUCUCGGGGUGAAGUUGGUGCGUGGGGCGUACCUGGACCAGGAGAGGGGGCGGAGCCAACGCCUGCAGAGCCCCGCCCCCACCUGGGACACACCUGAGCAGACCUCCCACAGCUACGAGCGCUGCCUGUCCCUGGUUCUCUCCUCCGUGGCCCGGGCGGGCUCGGCCGUCGCCCUCAUGGUGGCCACGCACAACGAGGCCUCGGUGCUCAGCGCCGUCACAAAGAUUUCCCAGCUGUCCCUGCGGCCCUCGGGCGGCUCCGUUUGCUUCGCGCAGCUCCUGGGGAUGGGCGACCACCUCAGCCUGGCCCUGGCCCAGAAUGGAUUUCCCGUGUACAAAUCGGUGCCCCUGGGCCCCCCCGAGGUGACGAUCCCGUACCUGGCGCGGAGAGCGGCCGAAAACCGCCAAGCGCUGGGCGGGGCCAGGAGGGAGCGGCAGCUGCUGGGGGCGGAGCUUCGGCGCAGGCUCCGCCCAUGGGCGUGACCGGAAGAAAUUAAAAUGAAUAAAAAUACGGGAAAUGGCAAAAAUGGUGAAAAUUCUACUCAAAAUACCCCAAAAAUGGUGAAAAUCCACCCAGAAAAUCCCCCCUAA